CGUUAUCUUCUGCCCAUUUAAAAAGCAACAUCAACCUGCACAAUAACCCCAUUAUUCAAAAAUAUGGCUCUAAGAAAGUACGCUUGACCAGAUGUCUUCUGACAAAGGAGGAAAUGAAAACAUUUCACUUUCCAUUGCAAGGUUCUCCUGAUUGUGAAAACUUUAUACUUAUCAAAUGUAGCAAUACUAUAAUAGACAACAGUCCCCUCUUUGGACUUGACUGUGAAAUGUGGCUCACAUCCAAAGGGAGAGAACUAACACGAAUCUCACUGGUUGCUGAAGGAGGCUGCUGUAUUAUGGAUGAACUGGUCAAACCCGAUUACAGGAUUCUAGACUAUCUCACCAGCUUUUCAGGAAUCACAAAGAUGAUUCUUAACCCAGUGACAACCAAACUCAAAGAUGUACAGAAGCAGUUAAAAGCACUGCUUCCUCCUGAUGCUGUGUUAGUGGGCCAUUCCUUAGACUUGGAUCUCAGAGCAUUGAAAAUGAUACAUCCAUAUGUUAUUGAUACCUCAUUGCUUUAUGUCAGCGAGCAGGGCAGAAGAUUUAAGCUAAAGUUCUUAGCCAAAGCUAUUUUGGGGAAGGAUAUACAGUGUCCAAACAGGCUUGGUCAUGAUGCCACAGAAGAUGCUAGAACAACCCUUGAAUUGGCUCAGUAUUUCAUUAAGUACGGCCCAAAGAAGAUUGCAGAACUCAAUCUGGAGGCACUAGCUAGUCACCAAGAACUACAAGCAGCAGGCCAAGAACCAAUAAAUACAGCAAAAAUUGUUCAGCACUCAAAUAUAAGUGUGUUAGAAUGCUUGGACUCAGUGGGUCAGAAGUUCCUUUUCUUGGCCCAGGAGACAGAUACUACUGAACUUUCUUCUGGAAACUGUCAAACUAUUAAGUGCCGUUCAAAUAAAGAGGUGCUUGAGCAAGCAAAAGUGGAAAUUCCCCUGUUUCCCGUCAGCAUUGUCCAGUUCUCUUUUGAGCCUUUUUCACCCAUCUUCACUGAGGAGAUGAACAAAAGGAUGAGAAUCAAGUGGACAGAGAUGUCAACUGUCUAUGCUGGGCCAUUUAGCAAAAAUUGCAACCUCAGGGAUCUGAAGAAGUUAUUUAAGACCUUUGGCCCAGUCCGGUCAAUGACUCUCAUACUUGAAACUCCUCAGCCUCAUCUCUGCAUACAGUAUGAAGUUCUGGAAGCUGCACAGCUGGCCCUAGAGUCCUUGAGUGGCAUUCUGUUAGAUGGCUUAUGCAUCAAGGUCCAGAGGCCUAUAACAGAGCUCACACUUGAUUCUGACACCCUUGUGAAUGAGCUGGAACAAGAUUCUGAAAACCGAGCUACUGUUUAUUUGGCUGGAGUGAGUGAAACCUUUAAAGAACACCUGUUCCAGCAGUCCAACCUCUUCCUUGACCUGGAAGCUCUGAUUCUGCCCAAAGAUCUUAAAAGUGGAAAGCAGAAAAAAUACUGUUUCCUGAAAUUCAAAACUUUUGGCAAUGCCCAGAGGGCCCUUGACAUUGUUACAGGCAAGGACUGGAAGUUGAAAGGCAGGCAUGCCCUCACCCCCAGGCACCUCCAUGCAUGGCUUAGGGGCUUACCAUCUGAAUCAAGGUCCCCAGAGCUUCAAGUUAUAUCUCCUCUCUCAGAAAAGCAGACUUUGCAGACAAUGAAGGUGGAGCACCCAAAGAUAGCAGCCUGGCACUGGGGCCAGAAGAUUGGAAAGCUGUACCGCAGCCUGGGUUCAGGCACCCUCUGCCUCAUCCUGCUGCCAGGAACCAAAAGCACUUGUGGAUCCUCUGGUCUAGGACUGAUGGGGAUAAAAGAUGAAGAAGAAAACACACCCCAAGCAUGGGUUUAUGAGGCUACCCACCACUUUCCAGGUGCCAUUUCUUACCCCUCAUGGGCAAAUGUGGAGCAUGUGGUCAGGUUGGAGUGCCCCCUGGCCUCUCCAUCCAAUGGACAGCUUUUGUGGAAGUUGCUUACAUGGCAUGUGCAAAUUUUCAAUAAAUACCUAAAAUUCAAGCAUUUCCUCAUCUUAGGGUGA